GUAUUAUUGAAAUCUAUCGAGAUAGGUUGCUUUUUUAUACCAAGUAUGUCGCUGCGAAAGCACGACUUGCAGCGAAGACAAAGUGAAUAUUCACUUCGAGCAAGUUAUCUAAAACCAGUUUUUUGUGUUGUUUGUUACCGGCCGAUUGAUGCACUUUCAUCACCUUAUGAUCCAGGAUGUGGACAUAUUGGACAUGAAGAUUGCUUUAGACAGAAAACAAAUUGUCCCAAAUGUUUGGGUCCAGUUAAUAUGAUUACGGCCCUUCAGACUAAAAAACCAGAAAAUAAGCUUCAAAGAUUAUUUAGUAGUGCUAGACAAAAGAGCAUGUUUUUUAGAAAUUCUACUAUCCCUUUGGAGCAAAAUCAUGUAUAUAAAUCAGGACAAAAUGAAUGUUUAUCUCGGAAAAUUUCUGAAAUUCCAUCUCAUCCAGCAAUUUUUGGUAUUGAUUUUGAAAUUCAUACGGAUUAUGAUAUUAUUCAUAAAAGCGAAGGAGAAAUAAUAAUGUAUAUCAAUAUAUUAUCGCAAUAUCAGGAUACGAUUGAUCUACCCUGUAUAUAUUCACUUGAUGUUGCUGUUUGUCUAGAUAUGUCGGAGUCAAUGGCCUAUGGAAAUAAGCUUAACGUUGUAAAAGAAAUUAUAUUUACGCUUCUUUAUGAUCUUCAACCUACUGACAGAAUGUGUAUAUUAACAACUCUUCCUGAUGAUAAAAAUAAAAUUUUUGCUCUUCAUACAUGUGAUAAUCUUCAUAAAGCAGCUGUUCAAGCCAAUUUAGGUGAAAGAUUAAAAGAAAUGAAGGGUGUUCAUAGUUGUUAUUCUGAUGAUGGAAUCAGUAAAGCCCUUGAUAUCCUAACAAAAAAUAAAAGAAAUGGAAGAUUAGGACAUAUUAUUGUUAUAUCUGAUGGAUGUGAAGUAUCUGUAUCAAAUGAUAAAGUAAAUCAUAUUUCUUCUCAAGCUAAACGACAUAAUAUUACAAUACAUUCAUUUGGAAUAGGUCCUUGUCCAAAUCCAACUUAUUUGCGUCAUUUAACAAGUCUUGGUGCAGAAGGUGGUUGUUAUAUUCGUGUUGAUGAAAUUAGAAAGGUUAAAAACUUUUUAAAAUUAUGUGCUGCCGGUUCUUGUAUGGCUAGCUUAUCUAAUGUUAAAAUCAAUGUUACUGGUUUAGAAGGUGUAGGUAUUUGUGAUAUAAGAGGCGAUAAAAAUGUAUACUAUGAUGCCGACAGUGUUUACAAACAUGAUAAUAAACUUGAGUUGAUCAUUGGAAACUUUACGCCAUUAGAAGAACGCUGUUUUUUCAUUACAUUAAGUGUACCUUCCGUUUCAGAUCUUCCUGAUGUUGAUCCAUUCAUCGUUUCAACAAAAGCACUUGCUUCUGAACUUGAAAGUAUAAUAAAGACAUUUCCUGCUAACAUUGCUUCUUGUAAAAUAUCUUACAAUCAUCCUUGCUUUCCACCUUCUACUAUAUUACGUUUAAACACAAAAUAUGCUACAAUUAAACGUUCUGACACCUUGGAUGAGUCUCAAGAUACUUCUCAAAAAAAUCGUAAUCGUAUCGUUCUUUUGGCUCUCAUACGUCAAUAUGCAUUACAAGGAAUAAUUCAUUCUCAUGAAAUGAUCAAUAGAGGACGUGUUAAAGCCGCUGGAAGUCUAAUUAAUGUUGCUCUCGGUAAAAUAGAAGAUGCUGUCAUCGACGAAGUAUGGAGACCUGAUGAAAUUAAUGAACUUAAAGAUGAACUUCGCUUCCAAAGAUCAAGAAUACACUCUAGAACAGUUUCUGUAACCCCUAGAAGAACAUAUACUUGUAUGUCUCCCUCUAUUCAUGAAAGAUCUACAAAAAUUCAACCAUUACGCACUUCUCCUAAAGUCUCUCCUACUUCUGUUUCAAAAGAACUAUGGAAAUGUCCUUCUAGGAUUCAAGACCCUCUUAUAGAAACACAAUCCACUCCUCACAAAUCUAUCCUCAAAGAUCAUCCUACAAAUACCGUAAUCACCCCCGAUACUCCAAAAUCUCAGAGAAGUUUGUCUCUUGCAAGAACUCGUUCUCAUAUCACAAAAACUACCACAACUAUCGAAUAUUCUACAAAUCUCUCCCAUCUAAAAGACGGUCGGCGAUCAAGAAGACGUAGUUUAGACCCUCUUUUCCUCAGAGAAUCCAGCAGUUAUAGCUCAGUCACUCUUCCACAACAAAAUACUCAAUUUCAUCACAGAAAAGAAAGCUGGCAAGCUGACGACGAAGCAAAACGUAUUUGGAGAGAAUUAAAAAGAGAAAUGAGGGCUUCAUAG